AUGGAGAAAAUAACAGAGAAACUACUGCUGGAGAAAGGUUCUCCCAAAACCACCAAACUGGACAAAAUCAAGACACUGAAUCUGUCCAAGCUCCAACUGAAGCAUCAGGACUUGCCCGUCAAGCUGCUGUCCGGUCUCAGGUCCCUUGAGCGCUGGGAUCUGUCUGGGAACAGAAUCCAGGAGUUCCCCAAGAACCUGGAGCUGCCUGCGCUUCGCUACCUGGACCUCAGCGACAACCAGAUGGAGGAUGUUACGACUCUGGAGUCUCUCAGCGGUCUGGAGGAGCUGAAGCUGGAGGACAACCUUUAUAUCACAGUGAGUGAUAAUCACAAGCUGAUGGUCCUGUUACCCAAACUGAGGAUGUACAACGGUAAAGAUAUCAGUACUAGUGCCAACCACCUGCGCUUCGUCUACAGUGAGAACCUGAGGACCCGGACAAUCGCAGUUUGGGAGAAGAGCUUCACUCUCCCGGAUCCCGUCACAGCAGAGAAGCUGUCGACCCUGGAGAAGAACUUUGUCAAUGCCGCCCGGCAGCAGGUUAAAUACGGACCAAGCUCAGUCUCUGACUUCACCAAAUGGAGGGUGGAGAUUAUAGCUAAAGAGUACCUGCUCUCUCUGGUGGAACCAAAGAAAGAACCGGAGAGCAACGAAGUCACUGAGACAAAAGACAACUGUGAAAUCUCAACUCCUACCAAGAGGAAACAAACUCCAAUAGUAGAUGCCAACGUUAGACUGACGCCUCGCAAAAAGCUGCGUACAGAUCUCCCAGACUCCCCGGUCCCAGCCAGUCCUCGCAAAACUACCCUCCGCCUCAAACCUCAGACGCUAACCGACGGCGUCCGGUUGAGCCCCCGCAAGCCCGAGCGUACUCCGUCUACCCCCAAGAGAGGGCGGCCGAGGAAGGACACGCCCAAGAGGGCUUCUAACAUAGAGGACACGGCUCAGAUUGAACAGGAGGAAAAUAUCAUCAGAAAAGUUUCUUCUGCCACAACAAAAUACGUGAUGCCGAUAGUGAAGAGCUGCAGCAAGCCGUUGCGUCUGAAGCCUCUCCACGUGCUCCAGUGUCACAGUAAACAGGACAACCCAGACGACCUCUCCACUCAGCUGUGGGCCUGUGCUUUCCAGCCGCUGCCAGAUUCCACAGAUGAUUCUGCUGGAAGCCGCUUGGUUGCGACCUGUGGAGGAGACUCUGUCUGUGUGAUUGACUGUGAAACGGGGAUGGUGAUGAAGAAGUAUAAUGUUUCCGGAGAGGAGUUCUUCUCGUUGGCCUGGUCCACGGUGUUGAUGUCCCGGGGAGGGGGGGCCCCGGCGCAGCACUGCAGCAUCCUGGCAGCCGGUGGAAAGAGAGGACUGGUCAAACUGAUCCACCCCAGAAACAACGUGGCCUACGGGGAGUUCAGAGCCAGCGGCAAGGCGCUGUCCGUCCUCCGCUUCAACCACCAGCAGGGAAACUUCCUCUUCACGGGAUCUUAUGAUAACAAGAUCGUGAUGUGGGACAUCGGUGGAGUGGACAGCCAGUACAACUACAAAGUUGUUCAGCUGAUGCUGUUGGAAACCAGCGCCACCCCCCUGCACAUCUGCCUCCCGCCCAAGUCGCCCGGCACCCACCUGCUCACGGCCUGCGAGGAUGGUCUUCACUGCUUCAACACACAACUCGGGAACAACAGCACCACCAAGAGGUCCAAGGAGAUGGAGAUAACUUUCCCCAUUUAUAAGAAGGAAGACAAAGAUCAUGACUACCACACUGUUGAUGGCCUGAGUUUCCUGGCUAAUGACAUAGUUGCCUCCAAGAACCACCUGCAUGGUUCUAUUUACUUGUGGAGCUGGAGCAGGACAAAGGCUCAGCGGCCGGACAAGAAGAGCAGGACGGUGUGUGCUGUGGUUCUGGCCGAGCUGCAGUGGGCCAACACAGAGAUUCCUUACCUGGCUCUCAACACCUGCCCCGGACAAGUCUACGUUGUGUGUGGUGACGACAAAGGACGACUGUGGACGUACCACAUCACCGACCUCCAGAACAACCGGCUCCAGAGCGGGAAACCCAUUCAGCCCACUGAGGUGUUGGAGUGGCCGAUGCCAUUGAAGAAGGGUCACAGCCAAGUGGAGGGCCCCUCCAUCAACAGUGUAGCAAUGGACCCUGAGCUACGCUACCUGGUGGCCCUCAGUGACAAGAACAUGGUGAUAGUGUGGAAAAGAGACUAG